GGAACGUGCACACCGCCCGGUAUUGGACCAGGCUCACGAGUUGAUCCUCUGACGAGACUGACACGCGGGCUCCCUCAGUCUACUGGUCUAGGAUGAUGGCUCUGGGUCUUUUGAUAUUACUAAUUGGGGGUGUUCUGAAUGAAGUAGGAGCCACCACAUUAGGAGGCGAGGCAACGGAGACGACUCCGGUCCGAUGGUGGUGGAACGAUUCCACUAAGCCCAGACGUCAGGAGAACACCACGUGUCUGGAGAAUCAGUCUUGCAAUGUCCUCAACAUUACGACUGGUGACGGGUGCACCAUCUACUCCUCGAACUUGAAGGUGCCGGGGGUAAAACCACAGAAGUAUCUGAUUGAGUGCUCUGAAAACUUAAAUAUUACCUGGACGUCGAAAGUAACUUGGUGUAUGGGGCCCUGGAACGGCUCCAAGGUACAGUGCGAGGUCAAUGCAACAUCAGGCGAAUACACCUCUAAUAAGCCUGGGCCCAUUGGCUGGAUCAAUGCAACUGAAAUUAUUAACAGGACUAUACCAAUGCUUGCUAUAGCCGUGUGGGCUAGAACCCCCAUAACGAGACAGUCACAUGUAGAACCAAUAAUUGACACAUGUAAACUUGUUUCUAUGACAGCAAAAAGGACUAAGGUUACAUGGCAAGUGACGUUUCCACUGUUGCCACAGUGUAAGCGUGCUAAACGGGCAUGGUAUGACACUUUCUUAGGAGGGGUUGGCACCACCCUAGGAACUUUAAACACCGUAGAUAAUGAAAUAACUGCAAACAAGCUUGAGAAUGUGGGACGACAUACUCACAAAGUGGCAGACCAAAUGGCUAGGUGGUUACCUCAGUCCAUGGUCUCUCAUCAGCAAACAGUAAACUGGGAACAACGCGCUUCAGAUUGGAUAAUCACGGCUAGCAAUGACACUCGAUGGUUAAAUGUCUCAACUUUCAUGAACUGGACUGUAUGCACUUUUAACAUAUUACAAGCACAGAUACAGAAAAAUAAUAUGCAAAUAUGGCAUGAUAUAUGGAACUUUAGCAGUAGCUUAUGGUUAACGGUUAAACCUGAAAAUACUGAGUGUAAUGAUACAAUAUGUAAUGGGUAUUGGUUUCAAUACAAUGUUACCACUAUGAUAACCUUGUGUAGAUAUCACGUUUUACCUGUUGUUGCACACGGACACCCUUUGGUGCUGCUUAUUAUUAUUAUUGCUUUAAUGACUAUAUUUAAUUGCUAUGUGUUUUGUGUUUUAAAACGAAUUAAUAACAGAGCACGACAGACAAGGUUGCUGAUUUUGCGCUGAGCGAGGGACCGAUUGUAAUAAAAAAGGUUUUCUCUGUAACAGGAGAAGGGAUGAAAUAAAGGAGUAAGAGGGGGUUGGUCGCUUCAGUGCAAAACCAGCUACAAAGAUUGGAAUGUUUGGGAUGAUAGCGAAAGAAUGUGCAAAAACUUGCUUCUCAUAAAGAGUUUCAGAAUGUUAUGGGAAUACAGUCAAGGCCAUGUACUUGUUUUUCACUUCGAGGGGCUUCAUUGCAAGCAACGCUUGUUAUUGUGUGUCUUCUGAUACUAGGCACCAUCUCAGUGAGGGCCAAGUAGAAGAAAAACAAUAAGAUGUCCCGUGGGAAGAAGGUGUGCAGAAACUCAUCACUUCUGUAUACACUGCUUACACGUAAGCCAUUUUGGGUAAGGACACUCAAUUAGUAUAUAAGGGAAGGUUCCGCCCUCAGUUUCUUCGGAAG